AUGGCUGAAUCUCUAUUCCUGUCAAUUCUGGAUUAUGCUGAUGCUUGUUUGACUAAUAUCACCGAGGAUCAAUUAAAUAAGCUCGAGAGACUUCAGAAUCUUGCAAUCAGAUUUAUCUUUGGUUUGAAGAAAUUUGAUCACGUGGGAAGACUACGCGGUGUAGCGGAAACACUACGAGCGAACGCGGAGGCGUGCGCGACUCGCGUCCGCGAAGCGCAGGAGGCGGCACAAGAGAGCGCCACCGCGCUGACAGCGGUGCGGGAAGCGGAGCGGAAAGAGCGAGACGCAGCUACCGAGGCGCGCGCCGCUCUAGCUCUAGCACACGCGGAGUUACGCGCGCUUUCCGCCGCGCCACCGCCAGCACCGGAUCCUAGACUAGAUGAGCUCAGACAGGAACUGACGUUGCUGCGGACACAGAACAAAUCAUUGACAGAAGCCCAAGAGGAGCUCCAGGCGCAGAUACUGACGCGUGGUGUGGAGGAAGGCAGGAGUCUGCUCGACGGAGUCAGCGGCCCGCUAGUCGCGACCAACUCUCUGGCACACGAGCUGUCGCAGAUGAGUGAUGAUGAGCCCGUUGGUAGCACACAAUCUGAUCACAGCAUAGAAAUGGAAAAGUUGCAGAAAGCUCUGAAAGUACAACAAGACGUGAACGUUCAGCUGAGGAACUACAUUGACGGCAUACUGUUGUCCAUAGUCGAAAACUACCCGCAGCUACUCGAAGUCAAGUAUCAAAAACCCGACGUUAAGUCAUAACAAUCAUAAUAAAAUAUUAAGUGCACUAUAAAAUUAAAAACUUGACCCAUUAGUAAUAAAUUAUUUAUAC